AUGUCGAAUAUGAAGGGCAAUAUUUCAGAUGAAGAGACAGAUUUUAGUGAAUCCGAGAUCGAUGGCUUUAUUGAAAAACUAUGUGAACGGCUGAAAGCUGGAAAGCACACAGUAAAGAACCCAAAUGCCACAUUUAGAUGCCCCUUCUGUGUAGGAAAAAAGAAGCAGGAAUAUAGUUUCUGCGAGCUUCUUCAACAUGCCUCUGCGGUAGGGGUUGUAGGCUCAUCUCAUAGAAGUGGAAAAGAAAAGGCAAGUCAUCUUGCCUUGGCAAAAUACUUAGGGGAGAACCCGGCGGAUGAAUAUUCUAGAUCAGAGGAUCCUAAGUUUAAGCCUGGAAAGUUGAGUGAGCAGCUUAAGCAAGAGAAGCUGUAUGCUUGGCCUUGGAAAGGAAUUAAACCUGUCGAAGUUAAUGGUUUACGGGAUGAAGAAAACCUUAAAUGGUAUGUGACAGUUGGUUUCGCUGAUGAUAUGACCGGAUACGAGAACGUUGUCAGAUUGGACACUGACUUUGAAGUCAUUUUACAUGAUGACUACAGUUCGAAAGGUGUUAUCGGGACUUAUCUACAUGCGAAUACAAAGUUGUAUACAAUUUCUAACAUGGAGGAAAAAUCUAUGGAAGAAAGAAGCAUGAUGUUGACGAGUUUGGAGAAAGAACUAGAGAUCAGUACCAACACUAGCCUCUAUGAGAUGCAAUAUAAGUACAACGAGAAGAGUGUCUCUGAGUAG